GGAGGGAUGACGACGGGAGGCACUUGUCAGGCAAAAGAAUGCAGGCAAAAGAAUGGUGCGCGGUCACAGGCCAGGAAUCAUGGAUGUAAUGUGAAACUCGCGCCCACCAGGCCGUCCCCUCUCGAGUCUCGACCGGUCACUGGCCCGCUAAAGCCAGAAAGUCAAGCGGAUGGGGGGCACGCGGUGCAGGGCUCUGCAGAGUCUCCAGAGGUCCAGGGAAGAGCAGGCUGCGGCUGUCUUUCUUCUCUCUCUUCCCCACUCGCUAUUCGUCUUGUCGAGACCGAGUAGGGUUGGAGAGCUGUCGAAUCAGGCAAAGGGCAACUUGCGAGGAGCUGUUGAGGGCAAUUCCGGGAUAAAGGUCUUGGAGGAUGCUGAACUAACCUCUGGACUCUGGAGACAUUUGUUUGUUUGUUGGUGGUUGAAGGGACGGGCCGGGUUCUGGUGCGAGGAGGGGGAGGGGAAGGCGAUUCGGAUUCUUGAUUCAAAGCGGAUCCUUCCGUCGCUCGCCUGCAUCACGUGUUCGCCUCCAAGCCACCCCUUUCACGAUCCUUUGCGCAGCGCUGAGCUAUUCCUGUCCUCCUGCAUCCAUCAUCCAUCCUCGCUCAAUCAUCUUCAGCGGCGGUCAAGGACAGGAUCUCAGGUAUUUAUUUGUAUCAUGGCGCGGCCUCGCGCUGGCCUCUUCCCAGAGGAGUGCAGCAGCUGCGAAAGAUCAACGCCCAGUCCUCUGCACAUCCAUUCCUCUAGCAUCAGCCUCCACGAGCGUCAAUUGGCACGCAACAAGUGUUUGCAAAAAUCUCUACACGUUUCUCUUCAUGGGAGUAUUAUCAAAGACGAUCCCAUCUGAUCGCUUUCUCAGCGUCAACCUCGGUUCAAUAAGCCACCGAAUACGCCGUCUCUGUGCUUUUAUCAGCCGGAACAAUUCGAGAGUGGAUGAUCGUCCCCUCCCCGCAAUAUGCAACGUCGUAGAUUAUCCAGUCUCCAAGCAGGGGCAUAAUCCUAUAACCACGAUGAAGCUUCACCUCCCUGAGUGCCGUCGUAAGAAACAACUGUCAAAGUCAACGAGAUAGUUGUCUCGUCGUACCGUC